AUGCUUAAUUUAAAAAAGCAUUCCGAAUAAGAUGUGGAUUCUUUGAUUGAUUCAAUGCUUAGAUUGAUUGAAUACAUGACUAAUAACCCUGCUAUUAAACGUUAGAUUUUUGAAUCCUUCAAUUAAGAAGACUUAGAAAAAAUUUUGAAAAAUUUGAAUGAAAAAAAAAGCAUUUUUCUUCGUAAAGUUUCUUGCAUAUUUUUAUGUAUUGUUCUACAGAAUGAAGAAAAUUGUCAAAAUUUUAUGAGAUCUUUUGAUCUAAUUCCUAUAAAUUCUAAGAUAGCUUUGAAUGGUAUCCCAGAAAAAUUAAGUUUGCACAUGACAAGUGAUUUGUUAUAAAAGCUCAAUUAAAUUUAACCAUCUGAAAAUAGUUUAUGUUGGUAUUAUCCUUUGUAAAUGGCAAGGGAGAAACUGCCAAACUUAUCUUAUUUCUAACUUAAUUCAAAAGAGUUGAAAAAAUAAAUUAAUGAUUUUGUAGAUCCAUCAGAAUGUAUGAUUGGAACUACCUAUAGAAAGCUACCAAUACAAACUCCUUAUUCAGAUAUUUAAAAUUGGAGCAAUAGGAAUGAACAUCAUCAUAAAAUGAGCAUCUCUCCUGUGAAUAAAUAGAUGGCUUCUUUGAUUUUGCCGUUAAAAGAAAUAAACAACCCAAAAUAUUAUUAGAAAUACGUAGCAAAAUCUUUCAAUCAAUAAUAAUACAAGAACCUACUUAGUAAUACUGAGAGAGCAGAAACUUCUUAUGAGAAACAAUAACCAAGAUCAUAAAUUCCAAAAAAUAAAUUUUUAUGA